AAUAGAAAUUAAAACUGAAAACAAAGAUUACAUCUAAUGGAAUAAUGCAAGUGAACGCUUAAGAUGACAGACAGUAUAAUUCCGACAAUUAACUGUGAAACAUGAAUUUCAAAUUUUCAACAACAAUUUUCAUAAUUUUAAUAGCGAUCGGUCUAGAAGUCAUUUCGGCUCAAUCUACACAAUACUCCGCUUACAUAAAUAAUAAAGAAGAUGAACGUAAAAUUAUUGGACAAUUUUACAAUUAUGUGGAUAUUAUAAUGAACAUUAAACUGGACAAUAUGUUGAAGAUGACCCAAGAAUUUACAGAUACUUUAUUGGACUCUAUACCACUAGGGGAGCGAGGCAAUACGGCAGAGUUGUUGUAUCAGUAUAGAAUGAAUUCACAGCGUCUCAGAGAGCAAGGAGGCAGUAUAGAAGACAAAGAGAACUUAUUAAUGGAAUUGCAACAGCUGAUUGCCACCAUUAAAUCUGGUUUGGCCAAACAGGAAAAGGAAGAUAUUAUUUUAAGACGUGGCCUUUUGGGCAUGUUUGAAUUAUUAGCACGACUCUCCAUAGAGGAAAGGAAAUGCAAUAAUAGAUUUUCUAAAGCGGCCACUGUAUUACGUCAACGUUUCACUGAAGAGGGCAUAGAACGUCAUAGAGAACUUUUCGAUUUGUUGCAAGAACUCAACGAUGAACAUAACAUUGUACAGAGAGAAAAAUUAUUUGCCCGCUUUAAAGAACUAAAAGCUAAUGAAAUAUAAAGUAGUUUUAAAUAUUUAACAACAAUUUAUUAAUAAAAUAUUUACUAUAAAUAUAAAAAAAGAAAUCGAA